AUGGCCGGCGCAAUGGAGAACGCGAAGAAGAACCUCCCAAAGGUGAGUCUGCACCCCCGUCAGUCACGCACAAGUCAUGUCCGACGCUGACGAGCCGGCCCGAGUUGCUUGCAGAUCCGUGAUGAGGAGAGAGAGGGAAGAUUCGGAUCGGUGUUUGGUGUAUCUGGACCCGUCGUGAUUGCUGAGAACAUGAUCGGCUCUCAGAUGUACGAGCUGGUUCGAGUGGGACAUGACGAGCUCGUGGGAGAAAUCAUUCGUAUUGAUGCGGACAAGGUGACUAUCCAGGUCUAUGAAGAGACGAGCGGUGUAUCUGUCGGAGACCCCGUGCUCUCUACCGGCAAACCCCUUUCCGUCGAGCUGGGUCCUGGCUUGAUGGAGAACAUCUACGAUGGUGAGUAGGAUGAUCGAGCGAUGCAAUCACGAAGGUGCUACGAGCUGUUUGAUGAAGUGGCUGACGCUGUGACUUGAUGGCCCCGCUCGCGUGCAGGGAUUCAGAGACCACUAGAAGGCAUUAUGAAGAAGAGUCAGGGCAUUUACAUUCGUGAGUUGGAGAUUGCUCUCACUCUCAAAUGAGUCAAAUCUCCUUUCUGAAUCUCGUUCCCCAACUGUAGCUCGAGGCAUCAACACACAAGCUUUGAACCGAGAGCUGCAGUGGGACUUCAAGCCCACCAACCUCAAAGUCGGAGACCACAUCUCUGGUGGUGACAUCUUCGGUAGCGUCUUUGAGAACACGCUCUUGACGGACCACAAGAUCAUGCUGGGUCCAAGAGCUAGGGGUACAAUCACCAGCAUCGCCGAGGCGGGAUCCUACAACGUCGACGACAUUGUGCUCGAGGUCGACUUCCAAGGUCAAAAGUCGAAGCACUCUUUGAUGCAGCUGUGGCCAGUCCGUGCACCCAGACCUACCACUGAGAAGCUCGUCGCAAAUCAGCCCCUACUCACAGGUCAGAGAGUGCUUGACACACUCUUCCCUUGCAUUCAAGGUGGUACCACUGCCAUUCCCGGUGCUUUCGGUUGCGGAAAGACUGUCAUUUCUCAAGCUCUUUCGAAAUUCUCCAACUCGGACAUCAUCACUUACGUCGGAUGUGAGUAUGCGAGGGUUACUUGCCACACGAAAGAUUGUCCAGCUCGAGCUGACAAGCUUGGUCCUUGUUCAUCAGGUGGCGAGCGCGGUAACGAGAUGGCGGAAGUCUUGGCGGAGUUCCCAGAAUUGACUUUGACCCGUGACGGCAAAGAGCAGCCCAUCAUGAAACGUACGACGCUCGUGGCCAACACGUCCAACAUGCCCGUCGCAGCCCGUGAAGCCUCCAUCUACACAGGUAUCACCCUGUCGGAGUACUUCCGAGACCAAGGCUACAACGUUGCCAUGAUGGCGGACUCCACUUCUCGAUGGGCAGAAGCUCUGCGUGAGAUCAGCGGUCGAUUGGCAGAAAUGCCAGCAGACAGUGGUUACCCUGCCUACCUCGGAGCGAAGCUGGCCUCGUUCUACGAGCGCGCUGGUAAAGUCACCUGCUUGGGCUCUCCAGAAAGGACAGGAAGUGUCAGCAUUGUCGGAGCCGUCUCGCCACCAGGAGGAGACUUCUCAGACCCUGUCACUUCUGCCACCCUUGGUAUCGUGGGCGCUUUCUGGGGUUUGGACAAGAAGCUGGCUCAGCGCAAGCAUUUCCCCUCCGUCAACUGGGAUGCAUCAUACUCGAAUUACGUGCAAGCAUUGGAAGGCCACUACGAGAAGAACUCUCCAGGCUUUAUCAAGCUUCGAUCUACUGCGAAGGACUUGCUUCAGCAAGACACCAGUCUUGCAGAAAUUGUGCAGCUGGUCGGCAAGAGCGCGUUGGGUGAGAACGACAAAGUGACGCUGGAGGUUGCCAACAUUGUCAAGAACGAUUUCUUGGCUCAAAACGGUAUCAGUGCUUGGGACCAAUACUGCCCCUUCUACAAGUCUGCGUAAGUUGUCUUGAGCCUCCUUGAUUCCAUCAGGUCAGGCGACUGACAUCAUCCUUGUCUUUGUUGCGGUCAUUACACAUUUUACAGCGGUAUGCUGAAGAAUUUGGUGGACUUCUACGACAAGGCGCAGGCUGCCAUCAACUCGAAUCCUGACAUGAGCUGGGCCAAGAUCCGCGAUCACUCUGGCGACGUCAUUCAUGGUCUGACCCAGAUGAAGGUGAGCCUCCGACUGCAAUCCACAUGCAUCGCUGCUGCCUACUCACGCUUUUCCAUCAAUCCUUUCUCAAACAGUUCCUGCACCCUGGUGAUGGCGAGGAAUCAGUGCAAUCCGAGCUGGACAAGCUCAAUCAGCAGAUCGAGCAGAACUUCCAAACCCUUUCAGACUAG